AUGCCCCCACCGAACCCGGCGCGUCUCUUCGCACCCAAAAUCGCCAAACCGCGCUCCCCGAACCCAUCGCGACGACAACCAGAGCACCCUCAACCUCAAUCACAGUCUCAAUCACAACCCUCCUUCUUCUCAUCCCUCCGCACCCGCUACGCCUCCCUCCCGCCUCCCAUCCGCCGCUCCUUCCGCGCCCUCCGCAUCGCCGCGCCCCUCCUCCCCAUCGGCCUCUUCUUCUCCGAACACAUCUGCCAGAUCAUGUGGGUGCGCGGGCCCUCCAUGACGCCGUGCCUGAACGAGGACUACGAUCUGAUGCACACGAAGAGCGACAUGGUGCUGGUCAACAUGUGGCCGUUCGGAGGCGCCGGGUUGCCGUGGCAGAGGCAGCGGAGGUUGGAGCGGGGGAUGGUGGUUACAUUUCGCUCCCCCGCAAACCCAUCGCACAUCGCCAUAAAGCGCAUAAUCGGCCUCCCAGGCGACCGAAUCACAACGCGAGAACCCUGCAUGAAAGAAUCGCAGAUUGUGCCGUUCAAUCACGUCUGGUUGGAAGGCGACGCAGACGACCCGAAGCGUUCGCUGGACAGCAACACGUACGGGCCGGUCAGUAUCAGUUUGAUCACGGGGCGGGUGAUGGCGGUGAUGUGGCCGCGGUGGAGACCGAUGCGGUGGACGGAGUGGGAGGAGGGCGUGGUGGAUGGGAGGGAGGGAUAUCGGCAGGUUGUGAGGGAUAGGGUGAUUAAGGAGGCGGUUAAGUUGGAUAGGCUGGCGUUGAGUUGA